CUGAGCGGGACGUUCCGAAUUUAAACACGGAAGUCUGUUGCAUUUGUUCGCCGCUACUUAUUCUCAGUUGUUUAUCAACAAAAGAAAAAUCCAGAUUGGUUGACUAUGGUCCGAGGCAGCCUGUCAGUCAAAUAGAUUCAUCGCUGGUUAUGUAAGCUGAAGUCUUGUGGCGCUCACAUCAAGCUCCAGCUCCUGUGAAAGAUGGAGGAGCUCUACACUUUGGAGAAGGAGGUAGGACGGGGCAGCUAUGGUGUGGUCUUUGAGGGUCAUAUGGCCAAAACAGGACAGAGGGUGGCGAUCAAGCGGCUUCCCUGCAGCAACCCGGAGUACAUUGAGCUCUACCUGCAAGAGCUGUGGGCCAUGAGAGCCACAGCCAAGAACCAUGUCAAUGUUAUUGCACUCCACAGCUGCCUGCUGCAGACGGGGCCAAGGAGCCUGAAGCCCCUAAAACCAGGGAAACUGCCUGUACGUCUAGUUGAGAGCGUGCUGAAGGGCAGUGUUGUCAAGGCAGCACAAAGUCAGGACUCCCAGUUCAACACCCAGAGGAUGACUAACUCUGUCUCUAGACUUAAAGACAGGACAAACACCGCCCAGGCCAGGGCUAAGCUCCAGGGCAAAAAGAAAUCGGAUGCAUCUGACUCUACAACUCCACAAAGGCCUCAAAACAGAGCCAGGAAGAGACCGGCCCAGAGGGAGGAAGAGGAGCCGGGACCCCUGCGCUGCUUGGCCCUGUGGCUCGUGAUGGAGUACUGUGACGGGGGCGACUUGAAUCAGUACCUGCUCUCCAGGCCACCAGAUGCCCAGCGUAACCACAGCGUGGUGCGACAGCUCUGCAGUGCUGUGGCCUUCCUGCACAGUCUGGGUAUCACUCACCGAGACCUGAAGCCUGACAAUGUUCUGGUCUGUGUGACACCCAAAGGCCCCGUUGUCAAGGUGGCAGACUUCGGUCUGAGCAAGAUGAGUGAAGGUCUGGUGGACGGGGAUCUGACCAGGCAGCACUUCUCCUCCACCUGCGGCUCCGACUUCUACAUGGCUCCAGAGGUGUGGGGUGGACUGACCUACUCAGCCCAGGCAGACAUCUUCUCCCUGGGUGUGAUGUUCUGGGCUGUCCUGGAGAGAAUCACCUUUGUGGAAGAAGGGACCACGCAGGAACAACUGGGUGCUUACGUGUGUAAGGGUCGCUCAGGCUGGUUGAUGCCACUGGGGGAAGCUUUGUGGGAGAAUGGCGAGCUCCAGCUGUGCAUCCCUAUGAAGUUUAAGAGGGCGCCCCCCCUGCCACCCCCUCCCGGUCCAGCCAUGUGCACCCUGCUUUUAGACAUGCUCGCCUCAAACCCGGAUGACCGACCACCAGCAGACCAGCUGGAGGCCAGAGUGCGCUCUGCUCUGAAAGAGGACUCCCACUGACAGAAAGUGGGCUUAAGAGACCAUAAUGGCUGUAACCACUAUAGCCACUACAUGGCAUUAUCGACUGCGGACCCCCUGAGUGAAGUGCUUCUGACGUGUAAGCAAUAGCCACUUAUGUAUGAAAAAUGUAUGAUUAUAUGGGAUUGCAGGUGCUAUUUUUUUCGCAGAGACAGACGCUCAAUUCAUAAACCGUGUAGGAAACCACAUAAAGGGAAAAUGAAUGAAAUAGAAGAGGUCGAGCCCCUGACAAAACACGCAAUGAUAUUUGAACUAGUCCAUAUAGAGAUCUAGAGGGAUUUACUCAAGCUGUAUUUGAUGUAAGCACCAUGCUGUUGUUUAGACCUUGAAAGCUUGACAUAGAAAAUCAAUUUUAGUGUGUAUAUAUGGCUGAAAUGAAAUGCAAGGGAUUAUUGCAGCUGCUUUUUGUCUGGGUCCGCAGUGUUUUGGUGACUCCCCAUUAUCACAGCUUUAUUUCGGGUGUUGUGACUUGAUUGGAAGAGCCUUUUACCUUUUAAAAAUGCGUAGCUAGCAUUUAAUUCUUUUUGUGCUCAAGUAUUCCCACCACAUCGAUGUAACAUGGAUCUAAUAGCUCACUGGGCUUCCACAUGUCUUAAAUAUGUAAAGUGACCAAAAAAAUGUAAACAUUUGUUCAUUGUAACACAAUCCAGUGCAGUAGUCCUGUAAUAAAUACUACCUCUGUGACACUGUCAGCAACAGGUGUCUGUUCGAUGCUAUGGUAAUGAUUAAGGCUGCGGUUUGUGGUGUUUUUCUCCAAAGAUAUGGACAUUAUAUGAAAACAGCUAUCAAUAAAAUACAAGUUUACUCUACCAUAACGCACAGCCUCAGUGUACAACACAAUCAGUCAAUAUACAAACAGCUAACAGUCUAAAAGCUUCAAACAGAGCAGUAUUUAUUGCAGGGCUAACUUUGUACAGGUGUUUGUAUUUUUCUGUGUAUUUAAAUUGUUAAUACUUCUCUUCAGAGAUACUGAUGUAUGUCAUUUGCUUUACACACAUGAAAAUGUAUAUAUUUUUAUUUCAAAAUAAGAUUUCCUCAUCAUUUGAGCUGUUUGCUUUUAACUACUAUAAGGAUGUUAUUUUUUAUUUUAUUUUUAAUUUUUUAUUUAAACUGUGAGCAUUUUUGGGAUAUGUGCACUGAAACUGGCAGAAACGGGCUGGCAGCAUGAGGCUCACUGUGACUAACGAUCACUAAUAUACCACCUCCUCAUGAACAGGAAAUUAAAGCCAGGCAUUAGGAUUGUUGCUGAUCAUAUCCAUGCUGAGUCCACGGCAUUUAUUGCUGACCAUCAGUCUUGGUCACUGACUGUCCGUAUCUUAAAUGACUACUUACUUCAGAAUUUCUUUGCUCACAUGUCUGAAAAAAAUGGAUAUGUAAUACAACAUGAACUGUUUUUUAACAUUUAAUGUAAUUUAAAUAAACAUGAAAUUGUAA